GGGCCGUGUCACGUGUCAGCCAAGAUGGCUGCGCCCGGGCGACUUGAGCGAAGGUUGGAGUGAGCACUCGCGUGGCGGAUGGAGACCGGAGGAGGCAGCGACCGCUGGGAGGAGAGCGUAAGGUACCGGCAUUCCGGGUAAAGGGGUGCAGUAAAAGGCUCAAGAUGGAAAAUCAUAAACCAGAUGGUACUGUCAAGAAGAACUUAAUUGAAAUCAUAACCAGAAAAAUUAACCAACUUCCAGAAGCAGAAAGGAAUCUGCUUGAAAAUGGAUCAACAUAUAUUGGACUUAAUGCUGCUCUCUGUGGCCUAAUAGCAAAUAGUCUCUUUCGACGCAUCCUACAUGUGACACAGGCUCGUGUAGCUGCUGGCUUACCAAUGGCAGUGAUCCCAUUUUUGACGGCACACGUAUCUUACAAAGGUUUUGUAAGUUUACCUUUGAAUACAGGUGAUUUACAUUGUGAAACCUGUACCAUAACACGAGGUGGACUGGUUGGUCUUGUUUUUGGGGGCCUGUACCCUGUUUUCUUGGCUAUCCCUGUGAAUGGUGGCCUAGCAGCCAGGUAUAACUCAGCCCUGCUACCCGAGAAAGGAAACAUCUUAAAUUACUGGAUUAGGAUUUCUAAGCCUGUCUUUAGAAAGAUGUUAUUUCCCAUUUUGCUCCAGACUGGGUUUGCAGCAUACCUUGGGUCUAGACAAUAUAAACUACUUAUAAAGGCUCUUCAGUUACCUGAACCUGACCUAGAAAUUCAGUGAUGGUUAAGCAAAUCUGUACACAAAAAUAAAACUGUAAAAAUAACCUACAUCUAAGUAUGAAUAAAUAAGAAUUGUAAUUUAUCACAUGAGGUACAAUUCUGGGAUCUACAACAAAAGGCUGAAUACUUAAAUUAUUCAACACUACCCACUUAGACAAGAGCCUACUUCUCUAGUGUUCCCAAUACCGUCUCUCCCACAUUGCUUGCUCUACACUCCUUUACAUUAGGCAGUUUGGUCUGUAACACAGGGAAAAAAACCACACAGCAGUUUUCACUGAAAACCUCAUAAAGAAUCCAAACAGGAAUGAAAAUGGCAGGGGCCAGGGCGGGGAGUAUCAAUACACUACAGAAACGUUACACUUCAUUUUCUCAAUUCACUGUUUCCAUAGGUAUUAUUCUUUCAUAGAAUCUUAGAACAUAUUUAAAAACAUUCCUCACAGAGGGAUCAAUUCCCAGUAUUCUUCAGAGAUGAUUAUUCAGGCUCAGCUUGAGCUGUCCUAAUGAUAGUUACCUACUUCAAAAGUCAUCUUAUUUGUAUCAUUGGAAAGCUAUACUCUUAUAAGAUUAAGGCAAAUUCUGUCAUCUUCGAAGCUUUCAUCUAGUGUGGUAUAGUUCUUUAGAAGCACAUAGACCUGAGCCAUUUUUUUUGGCUGUAUGAUGAUGCUAAGCAAGUUAACUGAUCUCUCUGGCCCUCAGUUUCCUCAUCACUAACCUCACUCAAGAUUGGUAUCAUAUAUGUAAGUUGACUUUAACGUAGCACCUGUCAUCAGGCACUCAAAUCUGAGGUAGCCAUAUUCUUCCUAUUGUUUCUGGUUUUGUUUUUGGAAAUAUCCUAGGUCUAUUCCUCAAUUCCUAAGAUAGAUUAUUUAAAUUUUGAAAUGAUCUAUUGUGUUUCCCGUCCUGAAAGUUUUCAUCUCAGUUCUCGAAACCAUUUUCUCAUGUAACAGCAUCUAAAUCAGCACUGGCCAACAAAACUUUGUGAUGAUGAGGAAAUAUUUUAUAUAUGACUGAUAAUAUGUUAGCACUAGCCAUAUGUGGCUACUGAGCACCCAAAAUUUGACUAGUGCACCUGAAUAACUGAAUCUUUUAAUUAAUUUAAAUUGUUUAGCCACAUGUGGAUAAUAGCCUCAGUAUUACACAAUGCAGAGCUAGACCAACACUUUCUUAUGAAACAAGCCAGUCAUACCAAACAAUAUUUGUGUCAUCCAAGACCACAUUCACAAGCAUCUUAACUAUUCUUUUCAAAUAUAGUGAUAUAUCUGUUAAAUAAUCUUAUGCUACUGAUAAUUAUAUGAAAGGAUUUAGCCUGUCACCUAAAACAGGCAGCUCUGAGAGUGGGACAGGCUUUCAGUGUCCCUUAAAGAAAGCAGUGCAGCCAAAGAUUUAAAAUUCAAUUAAUAAAAUACAAGGGAAUUCCCUGGCAGUCCAGUGGUUAGGACUCCACACUUUCACUGUUGAGGGCGCAGGUUCAAUCCCUGGUCGGGGAACUAGGAUCAUGCAAGCCACGUGAUGAGGUCAAAAAAAAAAAAAAAAAACACCAAGUCAAAACCAAAUAGAAACAGAUUAUAAAAAAAAAUUCCCUAUCAAACUAUGUUUGAUAAAAAAAAAUGAUCCCAAUUAUCAGACAAAAGAAUCUGUAUUUUACUGUGGAUAUUCUCUGGGUUAUAAAAUUAAGGCUGAUUUUUCUUUUCAUUCUGAUUCCUUUCUGGAUAAUCCCAGCUUUCUGAAAUGAAUUUGCUUUACCUUUACAACUAGGAAAAACAUACAUAAAAGGCAAAAAAAACCCCAAAAAACUUUAUUUUACAAGCUAAAAUACCACAAUAAAGUUGUCUGAUCCAAAAUUAUA